GGCAAUUAAUAAUUAGCUGGGGCUCAAAACGUGCGCCUGGUCUCCCCUUCCCUUCUUCUCGGCUUCUUGCUUGGACCCAGACCCAGCCGGAGCUGGAGUAGCAACCUCCACUUCUUGCGGCGGCGGAGGAGAGGAGGAGCUCUGAGGCGCCGCCGCCAUGGACGCCGAGAGAGGAGAUGCCCAGUCUCCCCUGCUGCUGCAGCCCCAGCCUCCGAACCAGACGCAGGUUUCCCCAGCGAAUCAGCACUAUAACAAGCCCUUCAGCUGGAAGGCUCCUGCCAUUGUUUUGGCCUUCGAAUUCUUGGAGAGCAUUGCUUACUCUGGCAUAGCGCUCAACUUGGUCGUCUAUCUUGGAACCGUCCUCCAUGGAACCACUGCCUCCAGUGCAGCAAACGUAGAUGCGUGGAAUGGCGCCACGUUCCUUACACCGGUCCUUGGAGCCUUUCUUGCUGAUACAUAUUGGGGAAAGUACAAGACCGUAGCAAUCUCUAUAAUAUUCUACGUUGGUGGGUUGCUUGUAAUCACCGCCUCUGCUGUCAUUCCAUCCCUACGGCCUGCCUCUUGUGAAGGAGGUUCUUGCCCACCUGCAACGGGGUUUCAGUAUUUUGUGCUCUUUGCCUCAUUGUACCUCAUCUCGAUCGGUACGGGGGGCGUCAAGUCAGCUCUACUUCCCUUUGGAGCAGACCAAUAUGAUGAUUCCAACCUUGAAGAGAGUAAAAACAAGCAAUUGUUCUUCAGUUGGUUUUUCAUUGCUGUCAACCUCGGAGUGUUUAUCUCGGGCACUGUCCUUGUCUGGAUACAGCAAAAUGUCGCUUGGUCCCUUGGAUUUGGCAUCUCCUUGAUCUGCCUUCUCAUUGCAACAGUCGCCUUUUUCAUUGGAACACCAGCCUACAGGGUUCAGCUUCCAACUGGGAGCCCGCUGAAGAGCAUUGUAAUGGUAUUUGUUGCCUCCUUUAAGAAGAGAAGAGUGGCAGUUCCUGCUGAUAGCACGCUGUUGUUUGAAGGGGAUGAUGCUGAAUCGAGCAACAUGGUACCAAACAAAUUAGAACACACCAAUGAAUUCAGGUGCUUAGACAAGGCUGCUGUGGUUUUAGAGGAUCAAGAGAUUAAGGGCAGCCGCCGUCCAUGGAUGCUAUGCACAGUAACUCAGGUGGAGGAAGUGAAGAUCCUGAUCCGGAUGCUCCCGAUAUGGUUCACCUGCGUCUUCUACUCGGCCGCGAUGUGCCAGACCGCCACAACGUUCGUCCAGCAGGGGAAUGCGAUGAACACCAAGAUCGGGUCCUUCUCGGUGCCGGCCGCCUCCCUGAACUCCGCGGAGGUCAUCUUCAUGAUGGUCUGGGUGGUGUUCCAGGACAGCGUGGUCAUCCCGGUCGCGAGGCGGUACACGGGCAACCCCACGGGCCUGACGCUGCUGCAGCGGAUGGGCGUGGGGCGGCUCCUGGCAGUCCCGGCCAUGGCAGCGGCGGCGCUGGUGGAGACGUGGCGGCUGCGCCGCGUGCGGGCCGGCGGGAACCUGAGCAUCGGGUGGCAGCUCCCCCAGUUCGUGAUCCUGGCCUGCUCCGACGUGUUCUGCGGCAUCGCGCAGCUGGAGUUCUUCUACGCGGAGGCGCCGACGUCGAUGCGCAGCCUGUGCUCGGCGUUCCAGUUCCUGGCCAUGUCGCUGGCGUACUACGUGAACACGCUGGUGGUGUCAGUGGUGGCAGCGGCGACGACGGCGGGCGGGCGGCCCGGGUGGCUCCCCGUGCACCUGAACGACGGCCACCUCGACUACUACUUCUGGCUGUGGACGGGCAUCAGCGCGGUGAACUACGCCGUGUACACGGCGUUCGCCAGGCGCUACACGCUCAAGAAGGUGGUCCGUCAGUACGUUUGGUUUUCACAAGAGUAUUUAAAUGGGGAAGAAAAGAGUCGGGGUGGUCGUCCCUCUCCUCCUCCUGCUAGCCAGCCUGCGUCUCGAGGUCGUUCUGGGAAGGGGACCCGAGUGAGGUCACUCUCUCCUACGGUGUUUCACCGCAGCGGCAUGGCGCCCACUCCCGGCGGCGGCUCCAAUGGUCACCACCACCAGCGCCGGCAACAGGUUUCCUCCAUGGAGUCCGGCGGCGACGCGCCGGCAGCGGCGAGGAGGAGCUUCAACUGGAAGGCACCGGCGAUCGUCCUAGUGUUCGAGCUGCUGGAGAGCAUCGCCUUCUCCGGCGUGGCGCUGAACCUGGUGGUGUACCUGGCCACGGUGCUGCACGGGAGCACCGCCUUCAACGCCGCCCACGUCGACACCUGGAACGGCACCACCUUCAUCGUCCCCGUCAUCGGCGCCUUCCUCGCCGACAGCUACUGGGGCAAGUACCGGACCAUCCUCGCCGCCAUCGCCUUCUACCUCGUGGGCCUGGUGCUGCUCACCGUGUCCGCGGCGGUGCCGUCGCUGCGGCCCGGGGCGGCGUGCCAGAUGGGGACGGCGUGCGCGCCGGCGACCAAGACACAGUUCUCCGUCUUCUUCGCGGCGCUCUACCUGACCUCCAUCGGCACGGGCGGGGUCAAGGCGGCGCUGCUCCCCUUCGGCGCCGAGCAGUACGACGACGACGCCGAGCGGCCGGAGCGGAAGCAGGCCUUCUUCAGCUGGUUCUUCGCCGCCAUCAACCUCGGCAUCUUCAUCGCCGGCACGCUCAUCUCCUGGCUGGAGCAGAACGUGGCGUGGGCGCUCGGGUUCGGGAUCGGGACGGCCUGCCUGCUCGUCGCCGCGCUCGCCUUCGUGGCCGGCACGCCCUGGUACCGGGUGCAGAUGCCCGCGGGGAGCCCGCUCAGGGACAUCAUCCGGGUGCUCGUCGCCGCCUUCAGGAAGCGCGGGGCGAGGCUGGAACGGGAGGACGGCGCCCCGGCGGCGCUGCACGAAGACGCCAAGGACGACGAGCAGCGGCUGGCGCGCACCAAGGGCCUGCGGUGGCUGGACAAGGCCGCCGUGCUCGCCGCCAAGGGGGAGGACGCGGCGGCGGAGGGCGCGUGGUCGCUGUGCACGGUGAGCGAGGUGGAGGGCGUGAAGAUCCUGGUCCGGAUGCUGCCCAUCUGGGCGACGUGCGUGCUGUACGCGGCGUCGCUGGGGCAGAUGACCACCACCUUCAUCCAGCAGGGGAUGGCCAUGGACGCGCGGCUCGGGGGCCGGUUCAAGGUGCCCGCGGCGUCGCUGGUGUCCGUGGAGGUGGUGUUCAUGCUGCUGUGGGUGGCGCUGCACGACGCCGCCGUGAUCCCGCUGGCGCGGCGGGCGACGGGCCGCCCCGGCGGUCUGACGCAGCUGCAGCGCAUGGGCGUGGGGCGGCUCCUGGUGGCGCUGGCCCUGGGCACCGCCGCGCUGGUCGAGCGGCGGCGGCUCCGCGGCGUGGCCGCCGGCGGCGGCGGGGCGGCGGCGAUGAGCAUCGCGUGGCAGGUGCCGCAGUUCGUGCUGGUGGCGGGCUCCGACGUGUUCUGCGGCAUCGCGCAGCUGGAGUUCUUCUACGGGGAGGCGCCGCCGGCGAUGCGCAGCAUCUGCUCCGCCUUCUCGUUCCUGGCGCUGUCGCUGGGCUUCUACGUCAACUCGCUGGUGGUGACGCUGGUGGCCGCCGCGACGGGGCGCCCCGGCUGGCUGGCGCCGGACCUCAACGCCGGCCACCUCGACUACUACUUCUGGCUCUGGGCCGUCAUCAGCGUCGCCAACCUGCUGCUCUACAUGCUGCUCGCCGCCCGCUACACGCCCAAGCAGGUCGCCGUCGAGACGGCGCCUCGCCCCACCACCACCGGCAGCACCGGCGACGAGUGAUUAAUUGGGUUGGGCACAUCGACCCAGCACGGCGAGUCCAGCAGGGAAGCAGCAGCUCGAUCCGGGUGCUUGCUAAUACAGACAACCGAGACAGUCAGAGUCAGAUGGAAAGCAUAGGCAGCGAGUGAUUGUUCUGAGUAGGAUACACCACCACACAAAACCACAGUCUACAGUACAGUAGUAACAUUAUUGAUGUUCAUGUCCCCAGUUAACCGUUCUGUGAGGUCUAAUUGUGAGUUUUCGAGCACUGUUAGCAGCUAGCACCAUCAUCAUUUGUACAAGUGAUUCAGACAGUUUAGUGUAGUGAUUUGUGCGUGUAAGUACGGCAAGACACGAAAGAUCCAUCAUAAAGCAGCAAACACACUAGUGUCC